AUGUAUGCCAAUCUUGUUACUGGUGAAUGCGUUUGGGAAGCACCACCUGGCGCAAAAAUUAAAUUAACAGACGAUAAUCAGUGGUGGGAAUUAUUCGAUGCAACUACUAGACGUAAUUAUUAUUAUAAUGCAAGAACUCAAAGAACUAUUUGGCAACAACCAUCAGGUGUUGAUAUAAUUCCUUUGGCUAAACUGCAGAUGAUCAAAGAAAAUACAGAACCUAAAGAUGAACAAACAACUAUAAUUCCAUCAACAUCUUCAAUCAAUCAUACGGUUCAACAAUUAACUACAAUAAAUAAUACACAAUCUAUAAUUAAUAAUAAAUGGAAACAAAUAUCUUUACAAGGUCUUGAUAUAACACCACAGGAAACUAAAUUAAAAAUUUUCAAUCCAUCAUUUCAUUCAACAACACAACAAUCUAUUCAAAAUAAAGCAACUGUUCUUCAUCCAAAUUCAAUGCUUUCUUCAUUAACAACUAAUGAUUUAACAUUUUCAAUGAAUUUAAAUAAUAAAAAUAAGGACAAAUCAACAUAUGAUAAUAUACCUAAUGCAAUUUAUUAUUCAUUCAAUAAAAAAUCUAAUCAACAUUUUAACAGUAAUCCAUAUGAUAAUUAUCCAAGUAUUUCUAAUCAAUAUCCAAAUCCUUUAGAACAAUCAUUACAUACAAAACAUUCUCAAAAUAUUCAUUUAAAAUCUCCAUUAACAUUUCAAAUGACAACAAAUGAAAAUAAUUAUUAUCAUACAAAUACAUCAAAAGAUGAAUGUUCACAAAUUCAUCAACAAUUACCGAACAUAUUUAGUCAUAUUAGUACUCCAUCAUUAGAAUUAUAUCAUAAUAAUCAAAUAAACUCAAUGAAUUUAAUUCAAUCACCAAUUGAAUGUCAUAAUAUUAAAAAAAAACAACCACGUACUAAUCCAAACUAUGUUAAUAUACAAAUAAAAACAAAUGAUGGUUCAUUACGUAGUACAUAUAUUCGUAUAAAUGAUAUACAAAAUUGUCAAAUACCAUCAUCAAUCUCAUCCUCAUCCUCAUCCUCAUCCUCAUCAUCGUCACCAUCGAAUAGUUCAUCAGAACAAGAUUCAAUGCUAUGUAAUUCGCAAUCCUAUUUCAAUGAACCAAAUGGAUAUUUUCCAAGUGAUGGAACAAUUAGUACUGAUAAAGUAAAUAAUGAACAAAGAACAGAAAUAAUCAUGAAUCAAAAUUCAUCAUCAUCAUCAUCAUCACCAUCAAUGAACAGUAAUGAGAAUCAAAUAAAUGAUAUUUAUACAUUAACUAAGAAAACAAGUCUUAUGAUGGAACAAUUUAUAACAUGUACUGAUGAUUUUGUUUUUCAUUCGACAAUAGAUCCUAUUAGUCUCAAUUUUCAACAAAUUAAAGUGAUUAAUAAUGUUAAUGAUGAAACUAAUAAUAAUAAUGUUGUUAUCAAAUGUGGUACUAAUUCAAAUACAUCAACACUUUCAUCACCUAUUUUACCUAUUUAUUAUGAUAGUUAUUCGAAUUCACCUUCAAUAACAUCUCAUUCAAUGAAUCAAUCACAUGACACAGGUAGUAUUGAUUCAUCAUCAAGUUUAAUACAAUCUAGAUCGCUUCAUUUGAAUGGUUUAUGUAAUAAUAAAAAAAAUAUUCAAGUAUCUGUUGACAAACAGCGGAUUCCAUCAGUAACAUCAACACAAUCUUCAACAACAACAAUGAAUGAAAUAGAAACUACUAUAUUAUUUAAUGAUAUGUUAAAUUUAAAUACACAUAAACGAGGUUUAUUUAGUAAACGUUUAACACAAGAUAAUUUAUUAUCAUGGACAAAAGAAAAUAUAAAAAAGCCAUUAUUACGUACAUUAGAUAAAAUACUUCGAAAAGAAGCACCAAAUAUAUUUAAACUUAUACAAACAUAUAUGGGAGAUAGAAAAUCAAAACAAAUUGCAUCAUUAAAUACAUGUUUAGAAUUAACAACAAAAGGUUGGAGUUUACCAUCAAUACGUGAUGAACUUUAUUUGCAAUUAAUUAAACAAACAACUUAUAAUUAUAAUGCAGAAAGUUUACAACGCGGUUGGGAACUAAUGGCAAUUUGUCUUUCAUUUUUUCCGCCAUCAAAUAAAUUUCAAAUGAUACUUGAAAAUUAUAUAUCAAUACAAACAAAUGGAAAUGCUGAUACAUUUGAAGUACCUAUAUCAGUUUAUGCUAAAGUUUGUCGAAAACGUCUAGACAAAAUUCUUCAAACUGGUCCAAAACGAGGUUUAAAAAAACCAACUUUUGAAGAAAUUGAGCUUUCGAAGCAUACAAUUCAUUUUCCUUCCAUGUUCGGUAGUACUCUUGAAGAAGUAAUGGCCAUGCAACGAACACGAUAUCCUGAAAGACGUUUACCAUGGAUUCAAACAACCUUAUCUGAAGAAGUAUUAAAAUUAAAUGGUACAAACACUGAAGGGAUAUUUCGAGUACCGGGUGAUUUAGAUAGUGUUAAUGUAUUAAAAGUAAAAUGUGAUCAAUGGCAACUUCCAUCACUUGAAGAUGCUCAUUUACCAGCAUCAUUAUUAAAACUUUGGUAUCGUGAAUUAGCUGAACCAUUAAUUCCAACAAUGUUCUAUGAAAAAUGUAUAUCGAACUGUGAUAAAGCAGAAACAUGUAUACGUCUUGUUAAUUCAUUACCGGAUAUAAAUCGAAUUGUUCUAACAUAUCUUAUUCGUUUUCUUCAAAUAUUUUCUACACCGGAAAAUGUUCUUUAUACAAAAAUGGAUGUGAAUAAUUUAUCAAUGGUAUUCGCACCAAAUAUCCUUCGGUGCAAUUCCGAGGAUGCAAAAGUUAUAUUUGAAAAUGCAAGAAAAGAAAUGUUAUUUAUUAAAAUUCUUAUACUUCACUUGGAUACUGAUUCAAUGGAAGGUGUUAUCUAA